AUGGUGGACGACCCAACCAUGGUUCCCUCAAAUUUGGGGGAUGAUUAUAGAUUUUCCUCGAAUUCUACCAGUACAUCAUUCAAUUUUAUUGAAUCCUGCGGGGGAACCUCAUCCUCUCAUAAUGUCCAAUCAACUUACUCUUGUGGCUUGGCACGUCUCGGGGAUUCCAACUCGAAUCCAGGGUUUUCAACUAGAGACAUUCUCUCAGACGCUUGGGCACAAGGCACCAAAUCGGCUUACCGAUCAGCUUGGAAGCUUUGGUAUGAUUGGUGCUCUCGACAAUCUGUGGAUCCCAUACAUGCACCUUUGAAUUAUAUCCUGAAUUACCUAUCCAUGUCUUUUGAAAUUGGGAAAGCUUAUAGAAAGAUCAAUGUUUAUCGUUCAGCCAUUUCCUCAUAUCAUGCACCUAUCCUUUCUGUUCCUAUCAGCAAACACCCCCUAGUCUGUAAACUUAUGAAGGGCAUCAAGUUCAGACGUCCUCCCAUGCCCAAAUACUCUUCAACUUGGGAUGUAAAUGCACUUUUAGAUCUUUUUCUUUCCUGGGAAGAUAAUGAUUCCCUUUCUUUACAACAUCUGUCUUUCAAAUUGACUGUUCUUUUAUGCCUCAUCUCCUUUAAACGAACUUCUGACGUCAAGGCUUUAGACUUGUCCAGAAGACAAUUUUAUCCCAAUGGCGUUCAAUUUACAGUUUACAGACGAACAAAAACUAAUAUUCAUUCUGUUUUCUACCCGGCUUUUCCACAACAACAGAAACUCUGUGUUGUUCAUUGCCUAAAAUCUUAUGAACAACGAACUCAACAUAUCAGAAAUCCUUCCUUUCCUCAACUUUUAAUUUCUUUCCGAAAACCCUUUAUGCCUGUAUCUUCCCCUACUCUUGCCAGAUGGAUUAGACAAACCAUGUCCAUGGCAGGCAUUGACAUUUCUCUUUUCGGUGCUCACUCUACCAGAGGAGCUAUGUCAACCAAGGUAUGCCAAGCAGGAGGCUCAUUAUCUGACAUCAUGAAGGCUGCAAAUUGGUCUACUUACUGA